GUUAUUCCGAAUAACUGUUCGCGCUAUAUUUGGGGCAUGAUUUGACAGAUUUGGCAAUUUGGCAUUGAUUGGCAUUAUUAAUCACGGCCAUUUUGUCUAAAACUUUACUCUCGCCCCUAGGCCCUAGCCCUUGACAAAUGACAAUUGACUUGUAUACAAACUUCAACUUGCUUCGGCUUCAACUCAGUUCAGCUGUCAACUGUUCAAUCCAGUUUAACCAAGGGCAACAAAGUUAAUGUAGACAGUUUAAAGUGGCAGUAAGUGGUCAAGAAUAAGGUGAUAUGGCGCCGCAACCACCAACACCAAGUCCAGCACAACCUUAUUAUGGUUUAAAUGCUGGACAAGUUACAGCAAAUUCAGUACAAGGAACAAAAGAAUGGCAUCAAUCAGUAACACCAGAUUUACGUAAUGAUCUUGUUCAUACCAUAGUACAAGCAAUAUUUCCAGUACCACCACAAGCAAUGUUUGAUAAAAGAUUGCAUAAUUUAGUUGCAUAUGCGAGGAAAGUCGAGAGUGAUAUGUAUGAAAUGGCUAAUUCAAGAUCUGAAUAUUAUUCGUUGAUGACUGAAAAAAUAUAUAAAAUUGAAAAACAACUUGAAGGAAAACGUCAAGAAUUUAAAAAUCGACAAUUAGCUCAACAACAGCAACAACAAUCAUUACCAUCAUGCAGACAAAGUCCAAGCUUACAAUCAUCAAUGUCAACAACACCAACUAAUGUUAAUGCAAGAACAGUUGGUGGUUUAGAACUUGUUAUACGUAGUCCUGGACAAGUUAUGCAAGUUCCACCACCAGGUGCAAUAACACCAACUGAUCGAAUACUUGCACAACGUGGUAGUGAUAAUCCACCACCUCAAGCACUAUCCAAAGCAGAUCAGUUACGACAAGCACUCAUGCCAACAUUUGAAAUAUUAUAUGGACUUGUACCAGAAUCAUUACCAUUUCGUCAACCAGUUGAUCCACAAGCACUUGGCAUUCCAGAUUAUUUUGAUAUUGUUAAAAAACCCAUGGAUUUAUCAACAAUUAAAAGAAAACUCGAUGCUGGAGAAUACAGGACUCCAUUGGACUAUUGUCAUGAUGUAUGGCUGAUGUUUGAUAAUGCAUGGCUUUAUAAUAACAAAACAUCACCUGUUUAUAAAUAUUGUAAAAAGUUAUCAGAAGUAUUUGCCGAAAUCAUUGGACCAGUUCUGGAGUCACAUAGUUAUCGUCAUGAGAGAACAGAGCAGUCAUGAAGAAUUUGAUACAAGCUGGAAACCAAGAGCCAAUUGAUUCCAGAGAAUAAUAAAUUUUUUGAUUUUAAUAUCAAAAUAAUGAAUAUUAAUUUCAAUUAAUCUGAAUUAUUUUUUUACGAAUUAUAAUCAAGUCAUUUAAAAAUAAAACAAAAAUAUCUCAUGGUAAUUUUUUUAGUAAUUUUUUUAUAAAAUAUUUUCAAGUAAAAUUAUAGAAAAUUUUUUUUUUUCUCUUUAUCAAAUACAAAUAAAAUAAUAAUAUUUUUUGUAAUAUAAAAAACUGAAAUAAAUUUUUUAAAUAUUUAAAUAAAUUAAAAAUGAAAAAAU